UCCCAAUUAGGGUCGAUGCGGCAUCCUUUAACCCUAUAGUAAGAAGGUAUCAACACCAAUGGAUGACCCAUGGAUGCCGGCAUACACCUGCAAUUAAAGUGCGGAUUACGAAGGAUCUCAUUUACGAUUCCUGCGUCUUAUUUUCUCAAAGGUGCUCUCUCCGAUAUGUAUCGGAUUAGUUGACUAAUUGUCUCACGAUACACGAAAUUCUAGGCCACCACGAUAGUCACACUUGAGUCAACUUAUAGAAACAUCUAUCGAUGCCGUUGUUAGCAACAUCUCACUCUGUUUAAACCAAAAUAAACAGAGCUUAGACUACCGACAGUCAGAUCAUAUUGCCCAUCAUGGUUAACAUAACUGCACCCCUUCGUAUCGGCUACGUACUGUUCCCGGCCUUCACAUCAAUAGACGUCUUCGGACCUCUGAAUGUGCUGAACCUAGUUUCCAUGAACUAUAACAUGACGCUGUCGCUGCUGUCGACGAACCUGGAGCCGAUCAGCGUAGACCGUACCAUCAUAGGCGGCGUGGGUAGUGGCAUGGGCGCCGUGUCGGCGUCGCCCAACUUCACCGAGUUCGUCCUCCCGACGCACACUUUCGACAACCCACCAGAUCUCGACGUGCUCUUCGUGCCAGGAGGCUACGGUACCCGCAACAUUAACGGCACGCAACCCCACGUCGACUGGAUCCGCAGCCGCAUCGAGCAGGAGCCUAAGCUCGACUACUUGAUGAGCGUGUGCACUGGCGCCUCGCUUUUGGCGCGGACCGGCAAGCUCGAGGGCAAGAACGCUACUACGAACAAGGCCGCUUUUAACUGGGUCAAGUCGGUCGAGCACGCCGAUAAAGUCAACUGGAUUGCUAAGGCCCGGUGGGUCGUCGAUGGAAAUAUCUGGACCAGCUCGGGAGUCAGCGCCGGCACGGAUAUGACCCUGAAUUGGGUUGAGCACCUAUACGGGAGGAACGAAAGUGAGAGGGUGCGAAACAUUAUGGAAUGGAAUGCGAUGAACCAGACCGAUGACCCAUUUGCCGAGUAUUACGGACUGGUGUAAGUAACCAGAGGUUGAAGGCUCGCGUUUCGUAUUUCACGUUUUUUAUCUUUGAACUGCAUCAAUUAUACCCCCCAAAAUGGCACUUCUAGCCAUUACUUUACAUCGUUAGGCGGACACAGCCGUCAGCGGGGUUACCCGGUAGAAUAGGACGGAGAAAGUUGCCAAAAGGGGGUAAGGGUAGACUUUAGUAGGACAAGUAGGAGAUCGUGAGAAUCGGC